AUGCGGGAGACCGAGGCCGACAUGGACGACGUCCCACCUCCGCCGUACUCCGAGACGGACAUCUACUCAGUCUCUGGGCGGCACUCGAAUCCGUCUCUGAACUCGCCAAUCGCACAGUCCCACCAUGGCGACGACGCCGCCUCGCACGUCUCUUCGCACACAUCGUCCCGGAGCGAUGUCAUUUACACCCCGCCUCUGACACCCCGGACAGGCAGCACGGCUGCUCCUCAACACCACAACUCAAACCCGAACCUGGCCAACCACGCGCACGCCGCCGCUGCCGACCCGUCCGUCGCGUCGGCGCAAUCGAUCUUUGCGGCUGCCUACUUCGAGUCCAGGCCUGCGCCCGCCUUCUCCCCCUGGGACCAGCAGCUCGUCAACCUGCUCACCGUGACCCCGUCCUCGACGCCGGACGACCUGCCCUGCCCCCCAACCUGGGCCGCCCGCGACGUCACGCAGCAGGACUGGGCGACCUUUACCAACUGCUUGAUCCCGCACCACGCCGUCGCGCGGAAUGAGGCUGUCAUCAAUCGCAAGCUGCAGGCCGAGGAAGAGGCCGUCGCCGCUGCCGCGUCACAUGGCGGAAGUGGUGACAACAGCCCCGGCGGCCCGCGGAGCAUCAGCAGCAGCCACGCCUCCGCUCAGUUGGACCGAAUCCGUCCCGACCCGGACACCGACCCCGGCGCAGCGGUUGCCGCGUCAGGACCGAGGAGGGAGGACGUGGAAGCCGUGGUCGCCCAGUGGAACGAAGGCUUCUUCCAUCCGAGGGGCUUGGCUGUCCUGCUCACCCCCGAGGUCGAGGAGCUCCGUCUGCCCGGGGCCUGGGACCGCUCGCUCGACAGGAGCAUCGACAACCCGACCGUGCCGAGCGGCAGUUGGAGCGGCGGUGCGACGCCCAUGCCGCCUCCGGGACCUCAUGCGGGCACAGGUCAGGGUCCGAGCGAGGCCCGGGGUGGUUGGAGCUUUGGCGGUAUCACGGUCACGACGGACGGGAUCUCGAUUGGGGAUAGCAUUGUUGCUGACAGCAACGGUAUUAGGUUGGGGAACCUGAUUGCGGAUGAAAACGGUAUAAGGUUCGGGAGCAACACGAUACCCCGCGCGCAGCCUCACUUCGUCGGUCCGAAUGUGAACUGGGCUCCCCCCCCUCCACAUGCACCAUCGGUUCCUUCGCCUGUGCCAAUGUUUGGGCCCAGACCUGGCCCUGGCCCUGGCCCGUUCCCUCCCCGGCCUCACCCGCACAACCACGCUCACGCCCGCCCCGGCAGCGGAAGCGGGUUUCGUGGUCGCCCACAUGGCCGUUACCCCUCCGAUCAACGCUCCAUCUCGGCAUCCUCCUCCGCCUCCUCCGUUUCCUCCACGUCGUCCACAUCCUCCGUCGGAUCCCUGCCGGAUUAUGAGGACCUUUGCCCCGCUCAGCUGCCUGUCUACAAACAGCGUGUAGCGGCGUGGCUCGCACACCCGGACGAGCCCGUCACAAAGACCGAUGUCGCGCAGCUGUGUGACGAGAUCCGUUCCGCGCAGUCCGCAAGCGGCGCACCGGAGAAACCGAAGCAGGAUGACCCAUCUGUCGCCGAUACUCCGGAAGGGGCCGACGACAAGGCGUUCAAGGCGGAGCUCAAGGGCCUGACGCAGGAGUGGCGCAAGCUCAAGCGCCAGCAGCGCGCGGUCCGCAAGGAUAAGCGGCGGGAGCGCCGCGCAAGGCGGAGAGAGGAGAAGAAAGAGCGUAGGGAGCAAAGGAGGGAGCGCAGAGAGCAGAGGAGGGAUGGCAGGUGGGAUCAGAAGGAAACGAGGCGGGGCGCCAGCGGCGAGGGAGACGGGGCGGCGAGGGGCAACCACCAACACCACCACCACCAUCACCAUCAUCACGGCCCGAAGCCGAAGCCGAAGCUCGCGCCGCCUCCGCCGCCCCCACAUAUCCACGUCCCACCACCGCCCGUGAUGCAUGCCCAGCCCAUACCAGCCGUCCCUAUACUCUCGCCGAACGACUCUAACAACUUCCAGUGGGGCGCAGGUCCCGGGAGGGGGCCCGUGCCACCGGGCGGGUUUUCGGUAGGCAGAGGGGCUUGGGCCGCAGCAUUCGGCAGGGGCUGGGGCCGCGGGCGGGGUGCCGGAAACGACCAUGCGUUUCCGCCUAACGCCGGGCCUCCCCAUCCGCAUGGCGCAUGGCCUGCCGGUGGUAGCGGUAAGCGGGGCCCGGAUACGGCUAUGCCGCCGGUGCCGCCACCAUCCUAA